GCCCGGAGCAUGGAGCCUGCCUGAGACACUCCGCGGGCUCCGGCAGCUGCUGCUGCGGCGCACAACAUGGAGGCGGCGGCCUCGCUGCUCCUGCUGGCCGCCGCGGUGCUUCAGUGCCACUUGGGCUCGCUGCGGGCUUCUCCUCUUCUGCUGUUCGCCAAUCGUCGGGAUGUCAGACUGGUGGAUGCUGGAGGAGUGAAGCCAGAGUCCACUAUAGUGGUCAGCGGCUUAGAAGAUGCUGCAGCGGUUGACUUUCAGUACUCACAAGGCAUCAUUUACUGGACAGACGUGAGUGAAGAAGCCAUCAAGCAAACGUACUUGAACCGAACUGGGAAUGUAGUGCAGAAUGUCAUUAUUUCUGGUCUGGUUUCUCCGGAUGGCCUGGCAUGUGAUUGGAUUGGGAAAAAGCUGUACUGGACGGACUCAGAAACCAAUAGGAUAGAAGUUGCUAAUCUCAAUGGAACAUCUAGAAAAGUCCUCUUCUGGCAAGACCUGGACCAGCCAAGGGCAAUUGCCUUGGAUCCAGCACAUGGGUACAUGUAUUGGACGGACUGGGGAGAAACACCCAGAAUAGAACGAGCAGGAAUGGAUAGCAGCACUCGAAAAAUAAUUGUUAAUUCAGACAUAUAUUGGCCUAAUGGACUCACGAUAGAUCUUGAUGAGCAGAAGCUGUACUGGGCUGAUGCAAAGCUGAGUUUCAUUCAUAGAGCAAAUCUGGAUGGUUCCUUUAGGCAAAAGGUUGUGGAAGGGAGUCUCACUCACCCAUUUGCGCUGACAUUGUCUGGAGAGACGUUGUAUUGGACAGACUGGCAGACUCGCUCCAUUCAUGCCUGUGACAAAAGGACCGGAGAGAGAAAGAGAGAAAUACUGAAUGCACUUUACUCACCAAUGGACAUCCAAGUCUUGAGUCCAGAGCGGCAGCCAUACUUUCAUACUCCCUGUGAAGAAAACAAUGGAGGCUGCUCUCACCUCUGCCUGCUGUCUCCCAGAGACCCCUUCUUCACCUGUGCCUGUCCCACUGGAGUGCAGCUGGAAGAUGAUGGCAAGACCUGUAAAGCAGGUGCCGAGGAAGUCUUGCUGCUCGCUAGAAGGACAGAUUUGCGAAGAAUCUCCUUGGACAUGCCAGACUUCACUGACAUUAUUCUGCAGAUAGACAAUAUCAGGCACGCGAUUGCAAUAGACUAUGAUCCUGUUGAGGGCUACAUAUACUGGACUGACGAUGAUGUCCGGGCUAUUCGUCGGGCUUACCUUGAUGGUUCUGGAGCACAGACCCUAGUGACCACGGAAAUUAAUCAUCCUGAUGGCAUAUCAGUAGACUGGGUGGCAAGGAACCUGUACUGGACUGACACAGGAACAGAUCGCAUUGAAGUAACCCGAUUGAAUGGGACAUCCAGAAAGAUCCUUAUAUCGGAAAAUCUAGAUGAACCUAGAGCGAUAGUGCUAAAUCCUGUGAUGGGCUACAUGUAUUGGACGGACUGGGGUGAAAAUCCAAAGAUUGAAUGUGCUUAUCUGGAUGGCUCAGAGAGGAGGGUCCUAGUGAACAGUUCUCUAGGUUGGCCUAAUGGCUUGGCACUGGAUCUUGAAGAAGACAAACUUUACUGGGGAGAUGCAAAGACAGACAAAAUUGAAGUAAUAAACGUUGACGGAACAAUGAGAAAAACUCUACUAGAAGAUAAGCUUCCUCAUAUAUUUGGGUUUACUUUGCUGGGAGACUACAUCUACUGGACAGACUGGCAGAGACGAAGUAUUGAAAGAGUUCACAAAAUAAGAGCAAGCAGGGAUAUCAUCAUAGAUCAGUUGCCAGACCUAAUGGGCCUCAAAGCAGCAAGUGUGACCAAAGUGUUUGGAACCAAUCCUUGUGCUGAGAAUAAUGGAGGCUGCAGCCAUCUGUGUUUCUUCACACCUCUGGAGACCAGAUGUGCUUGUCCCAUAGGGCUGGAGUUGCUGAGCGACAUGAAGACCUGCAUCAUUCCUGAAGCCUUCCUUGUUUUCACCAGCAGAGCAGCAAUUCAUAGGAUUUCCCUUGAAACCAACAAUAAUGAUGUAGCUAUUCCUCUCACUGGUGUCAAAGAGGCAUCUGCUCUGGAUUUUGAUGUGUCUGAUAAUAGAAUCUAUUGGACUGAUAUUAGCUUAAAGACCAUAAGCCGGGCAUUCAUGAAUGGGAGCUCUGUUGAACAUGUGAUUGAGUUUGGGUUAGACUACCCUGAGGGAAUGGCAGUAGACUGGAUGGGAAAGAACCUUUACUGGGCAGAUACUGGAACCAAUCGAAUUGAAGUAGCGCGCCUGGAUGGACAGUAUAGACAGGUUCUUGUGUGGAAGGAUUUGGAUAACCCAAGGUCUUUGGCUCUUGAUCCUACUAAAGGUUAUAUGUACUGGACAGAGUGGGGAGGUAAACCAAGGAUCGUUCGAGCAUAUAUGGAUGGGACAAACAGCAUCACUUUGGUUGAUAAAGUGGGACGUGCCAAUGAUUUAACUAUUGACUAUGCAGACCAAAGAUUAUAUUGGACUGACCUAGAUACAAGUAUGAUUGAGUCAUCAAACAUGCUAGGUCAAGAAAGGGAAAUAAUAGCAGAUGAUCUACCUCAUCCAUUUGGACUAACACAGUACAGUGAUUACAUCUACUGGACAGACUGGAACCUUCACAGUAUAGAAAGAGCAGACAAGACCAAUGGGAAGAACCGGACGCUAAUUCAAGGACAUUUGGAUUUUGUGAUGGACAUAUUGGUCUUUCACUCUUCACGUCAGGAUGGCUUGAAUGACUGCAUGCAAAGCAAUGGGCACUGUGGACAAUUGUGCCUUGCCAUACCAAAUGGGUAUAGAUGUGGGUGUGCCUCUCAUUAUACCUUGGAUCCCAACAGCAGGAACUGCAGUUUGAAGAGAAAUAAUAUCUCACUCCCCACCAGCUUCUUGCUGUUUAGCCAGAAGUCUGCUCAGUCGAUGAUACCAGAUGACCAGCAAAGUCCAGAUAUCAUCCUUCCUAUGCAUGGUCUAAGAAAUGUCAAGGCCAAUGAUUAUGAUCCCUUAGAAAAACUGAUUUAUUGGGUGGAUGGACGUCAGAACAUUAUUAAAAGAGCCAAAGAUGAUGGUACCCAGCCUUUCACUGUCAUGAGUGCUCCAAACCAAAGCCAAAACCCAGAGAAGCAGCCGCAUGACCUGAGUAUUGAUAUUUACAGCCAUACCUUGUACUGGAUUGAGGCCACAAAUUCAAUCAGUGUUCACAGACUUAAUGGAGAACCAAUUGGAACGGUGUUAAAAGGAGAUCAUGACAAGCCAAGAGCCAUAGUAGUCAAUGCAGAGCGAGGGUACAUGUACUUCACCAACAUGCAAGAGCGAGCCCCGAAGAUAGAGCGUGCAGCCCUGGACGGCACAGAACGAGAAGUGCUUUUUAGUACCGGGCUGAUCCGACCUGUUGCACUGGUAAUUGACAACAAGCUUGGGAAACUCUUCUGGGUAGACGCAGAUCUCAAACGCAUUGAAAGCUGUGAUUUGUCAGGAGCUAACCGUGUGACACUGGAGGACUCCAACAUCCUGCAGCCAAUGGGACUGACUGUGUUGGGGAAUCACUUGUACUGGAUUGACCGUCAGCAGCAGAUGAUUGAGAGAGUUGAGAAAACCAGUGGAUACAAGAGGACUAGAAUCCAAGGCCGAAUUGCUCACUUGACAGGCAUUCAUGCAGUGGAAGAAGUUGAUAUGGAUGAAUUUUCUGCACAUCCAUGUUCCCGUGACAAUGGUGGCUGUUCACACAUCUGCAUUGCAAAAGGAGAUGGAACCCCAAGAUGCUCAUGCCCAGAUCAUCUUGUACUUUUACAGAAUCUCUUAACAUGUGGAGAACCUCCAACUUGUUCCCCAGAUCAGUUUACCUGUGCGACUGGGGAGAUAGACUGUAUCCCAAUGGCAUGGCGAUGUGAUGGAUUUCCAGAAUGUGAUGACCAGAGUGAUGAAGAUAGCUGUCCUAUAUGCUCAGCAGCCCAGUUUCAGUGUGAGAAAGGACAAUGUAUUGAUGCCCGCUUGCGGUGUAAUGGAGAAAUUGACUGCCAAGAUAAAUCCGACGAAGCAGACUGCAAUACAAUCUGUCUCCCAAAUCAGUUUCGAUGUGCCAGUGGCCAGUGCAUCCUCAUAAAACAGCAGUGUGACUCCUUUCCAGAUUGCAUCGAUGGUUCUGAUGAACUCAUGUGUGGAAAAAAUACAUCCUCAGAUGAACCUCAACCCCACGUUAGUGCUAUUGGACCUGUCAUUGGUAUCAUACUGUCCCUUUUGGUCAUGGGAGGAAUGUAUUUUGUUUGCCAGCGAGUGGUAUGUCAGCGCUAUGCUGGACCCAAUGGACCUUUUCCACAUGAAUAUGUCAGCGGAACCCCUCAUGUUCCUCUUAAUUUUAUAGCUCCAGGGAGUUCUCAGCAUGGCACUUUUACUGGUAAGGAUGGCAUCUCUUGUGGAAAGUCUAUGAUUAGCUCUAUGAGCCUCAUGGGAGGAAGUAGCGGUGCCCCUCUGUAUGACAGAAACCAUGUUACUGGAGCCUCUUCUAGUAGUUCAUCUAGCACUAAAGCCACUUUCUACCCACAGAUUUUGAACCCUCCUCCUUCCCCAGCCACUGAUCGCUCCUUAUAUAACACAGAGAUGUUCUAUUCCUCAAACAUUCCUUCAACAACAAGAUCUUACAGACCCUACCUGAUACGAGGGAUAGCUCCACCCACGACACCAUGCAGCACAGAUGUGUGCGACAGCGACUACACCACAAGCCGGUGGAAGGCCAACAAAUACUACAUAGAUCUAAAUUCAGACUCAGACCCUUAUCCCCCUCCCCCCACGCCUCGCAGCCAGUAUAUGUCAGCAGAAGAAAGCUGCCCUCCAUCUCCCGCCACAGAGCGAAGCUACUUUCACCUCUACCCCCCUCCACCGUCUCCUUGUACAGACUCCUCAUGACCUUAAUAGAAGGAACAUGUCUUUUAAUGUAAAUAUUUUUAAAUAUGAACAAAGAUUAAAAUAUAUUUUAUGAUUUUAAAAAUAAAUAGGGGUG